CAUGGAGGAGGAAUCCACCGCCUGGUCCACCUCGCCGCUGCUCCUCCUCGGCACCCUCCUCUCCCUUGUUGCCUCGCUUCUCUUCUUGCUUCGCCGUUCCCAUGGCUGCAGGAACGCAACGCCAGCAAGCAAGGGGCAGCUUCCUCCCGGCCCGCCGGCGCUGGUCUUCCUCGCCAAAUUCUUGGCGCUCCGACGAUCGAUCUUCGACCUCGGCCCGAUCCUCCGCGAACUGCACACGCGCUACGGCCCCGUCAUCUCCGUCCGCCAUUUCCGCACGGUGGUCUUCGUCGCCGACCGCCAUAUAGCGCACCGCGUCCUGGUGCAGGGCGGCGCCACCUUCGCCGACCGCCCACCCCUCUUCGAUCCAGGACGCCUCCUCUACACCGCCGGGGCACGCGACAUGAGCAGCUCGCCCUACGGCCCCUACUGGCGCCUCCUCCGCCGAAACCUCGCCGAGGCACUGCACCCCGCCCGCGUCAGCCUCUACGCGCCGGCGAGGCGGGCGGCGCUGGACGUGCUUGUGGCCGACCUCCUCCGCGCGCGCGGCGGUGACAGUUCGAACCCUGUCCUGCUGAGGCCGGCGUUCCGGCUCGCCCUGUUCCAGAUGCUUGUGUACAUGGGCCUCAGCGCGAGGCUCGACGCGGAGGUGCUCGACGAGGUCCAGGACAUACUGCUGAAAAUCCUCCGCUCCAUUACCUGCUUCCCCAUCUUCUCCUUCUUCCCGGCGAUCACCAAGAAGAUCUUCCGCAAGAGGUGGGAGGCCUACGUCACCGUGAGCCGCAGGCUGGACGAGAUCCUUCUCCCGCUCAUCCAAGCUAGGCGCGCGGCGCGGCGCGGCGACGACCCGCCAUGCUACGUGGACUCCGUCCUCGCGCUGCGCCUGCCCGACGAGGGCGACCGCCCGCUCACGGACGCUGAGGUGGUCAGCCUCUGCUCCGAGUUCCUGAACGCCGGCACGGACACGACGGUGACGUUGCUGGAGUGGAUCAUGGCGGAGCUGGUCAACCACCCCGACGUCCAAGCCAAGGUGUACGAGGAGGUGAAAUCCAAACCGGAGCUCAACGACGACGACCUCCAGGAAGCGCGGUACUUGAAGGCCGUGGUGAUGGAGGGCCUCCGCCUGCACCCACCGGCGCACUUCGUUCUCCCGCACGGCCUGCAGAGCGACGCGGAGAUCGCCGGCUACACGGUGCCCAAGGGCGCCGAGGUGAACGUCCUGCUGGGAGAGUUCGGCCGUGAUGAGAAGGUGUGGACGGCGCCGCUGGAGUUCCGGCCAGAGCGGUUCUUGGACGGUGGCGAGGGGUUCGACGUGGACAUCACGGGGAGCAAGGAGAUCAAGAUGAUGCCUUUCGGUGCCGGGCGACGGAUGUGCCCGGGGUACACGCUGGGGAUGCUGCAGGUGGAGUUCUUCGUGGGGAGCCUCGUGAGGGAGCUGGAGUGGCUGCCAGUGGCGGAGGGGGUGGCCGUCGACAUGACGGAGAGGCUGGAUUUCACAGUCGUCAUGAAGCAGUCGCUCCGGGCUCGCAUCAUACCGAGGAAUUGAAAUCGUCAACGCCUGUUCUGAAAAAAUCGAAAUAAUCGGAAAAAGGCUCUCAAGUUUGCUGAUGUAAUUUUGUUUUAUAGAUGUAUCUCAUGUAUGUGUUCGACGUAAUAAACACGUAUGCA